AUGAAUGGUUUCAUACGGUACAUAUUAUUAACAACUUUAAAUGUGGAAUUUAUAAUGGGAUAUUUAGGCAAUGCAUUCAUAGUACUAGUGAACAUUAUGGAGUGGGUAAAGAGGAGAAAGAUAUCUUUCAUAGAUCAGAUCUUCACUGCUCUGGCAAUUUCCAGAAUUGGUUUGCUCCUUUCACUAAUUGAAAGUUUAUUUGUGUCUGAAUGGUAUUCAGAUAAAAUAUUAACUAGAAGACGUGUGAGACAAAUUAAUAUUUCCUGGGCGGUAACCAAUCAUUUCAGCAUCUGGCUUGCUACGUGUCUCAGCAUCUUUUAUUUUCUCAAGAUAUCCAAUUUUUCAAACUCUAUUUUUCUUCACCUAAAGUGCAGAGUAAAAAAAGUGGUUUCAGUGACACUAUUGGCAUCUCUGCUCCUCUUGUUUUUAAACAUUCUAGUCAUAAACACACGUAUUGAUGUCUUAAUUGAUGGAAUUCAAGCAAAUAUGUUCUACAGUGCUUUCUCAAGUAACUAUACUCAAGUUUCUAGGCUUGUUUUACUCACCAACACUAUGUUCACACUCAUCCCCUUCACUGUGAGCCUGACCAUGUUUUUCCCGCUCAUCUUCUCCCUGUGGAGACAUCUGAAGAACAUGCAGCGCAACGCCGAAGGCUCCAGAGAUGUCAGCACCACAGCCCACAUAAAAGCCCUGCAAAUGGUGGUCACCUUCCUGUUACUGUAUACCGUUUUUUUCCUGUCACUUCUCAUGCAGGUUUUUAACAUGGAAUUUCAACAGAAAAAUUCAGUUGCUCUGCUCUUCUGGACUACUGAAGUUGCUUUCCAUUCAGGCCACUCAUAUGUCUUGAUUCUGGGAAAUGCCAAGCUUAGACAGGCAUUUCUUUCCAUGGUGUGGUGGCUGAGGUGCAGGCUCAAUGGUGCAGAGCCCUCAGCUUCCUAAAACUUAUAGUGGAUCAUCUUUUGUCUUUCAGAGGAACAUCAGUUUCUAAGAAAUUAUUUUUGUAUAAAUCUGUACCUUCUAUACUUCACUUGUAGCAUUGUAAAUUUAGCAAAAUUUUGUGUAGAUUAGGUACUAUCCAAACUAUUACAGCCCUGGCAGAAAAUAUGGAAUUCUCUAGAUUGUUCUACAAGGAUAGAUAUGAAUAUGAACUAAAUAAAUAUAUGAAAACAUAAUAUUAGUAAAGUAUAAUUUCCUGUAUAAAAUUAAUCUCUUUAACAUUUUUAAAUGAUUUAUGUUAAUAUGUAAAAUACAUGUGUGUAUGUAUU